GCACCAAAACGCACCCCCACUAGCAUCAUCAUCAUCAUCAUCAAGCACGCCCAGCGCAGAGUGAUCGUCCAGAGAACUCCGCAGCUCCGUCCCGAUCGAUGGCGUCGCUCACCAUGAUGGCGUCCCUCUCCGCGGCCGUGGCGGUCGACCGGCGCGCGGCCGCCCCGCGCCGCGGCCUCGUGGUGGCCCGGGCCGCCAAGGUCGAGCGCCAGCAGGAGCCGGCGGCCAAGCUGGCGGCCGUGGAGCCCGCCACCGACGGCCGCCGCGCCGUGGUGUUCGCCGCCGCCGCCGCGGCCGUCUCGGCCAUCGGCACGGCGGCGUUCGCCGAGUCGGACGUCAAGAAGGGCACCCCAGAGGCCAAGAAGAAGUACGCCCCCGUCUGCAUCACCAUGCCCACCGCCAAGAUCUGCCACAACUGAUCGUACGUGGGGUUGAUGCUUGCCACCGGCGGUAAAUAUUGUACUACGUACGGUUUUAUCUCUUGUCCAAGUUCGAGCUUAGAUGCAUAAGGCCGCGCGCGUGCGCUUGGACGCCGCCAUGGACGGUCUCUAAUGUUGUUGUAUUAUCCAUUGCAAAUUCGAGGUGAAACCGGACUCGUUUGAUUA